GCAGUAGAGAGAGAAAGACAGAGAGUUGUAGAGAGAGAGAGAGAGAGAGAGAGAGAUGGAGGACAGUCCGAGAAGUGGAGGAAUGUCGAGCCCAGAGGCAAAGCUUGGGAUGAGAGUGGAAGACUUGUGGGAUGUUCAGGAGCCGCAGCUGACUCCUACAGAGAAGCUCAAUGCAUGCUUUGAAAGUGUGCCCGUCUCUGCUUUUCCACCAGCUUCUUCUCAAGUGAUUGAGAUAAAAUCAGACUGCAGUUUGGCUGAAGCUGUUCAAAUACUGACCAAACACAGAAUUCUCAGUGCACCUGUGGUGGAUGUCGAGGCACCGGAGGACGCGAGUUGGAUCGACAGAUACAUUGGCAUUGUAGAGUUUGCGGGUAUUGUCGUAUGGAUUCUGUAUCAGUCAGAGCUUGCAUCUCCCCGGAAGAAUGGUGGGUCUCCUGCUGCAGGGUUUGGCACAGGUGGGAAAGAGGAAGCCAUAACUGCUGUUGCUGCAGCUGCUAAUGGAAUGAAUUCUCCCAGAAGGCUUAAGAACUUAGGCUUUGAACCAGCUGAACCGACUCCAGGGAGCUUCUUUGAGGCUUUAACCUCUUCGGAAUUUUACAAGAACACAAAGGUACGGGACAUCUCGGGAUCAUUUCGCUGGGCUCCGUUUCUUGCUUUGCAGAAAUCCAACUCCUUCUUGACCAUGCUCUUGCUGCUUUCCAACUACAAAAUGAAGAGUGUCCCUGUGGUUGAUCUGGGCGAAGGAAAGAUUGAUAACAUUGUCACGCAGUCUGCUGUCAUUCACAUGUUAGCGGAAUGUGUCGGGCUCUCUUGGUUCGAAAGAUGGGGAGCUAAGAAAAUGUCUGAACUCGGCCUUCCCACAAUGAAGCCUGAUCAAGUUAUCAAGGUGAACGAGGAUGAACCAGUUCUCCAGGCGUUUAAAUUGAUGAGGAAGAAAGGGAUCGGAGGGAUUCCUGUGGUUGAAAGCGGAGGUAGAAAGGCUGUUGGUAAUAUUAGUAUAAGAGAUGUUCAGUUCCUUCUAACCACACCAGAGAUCUACAGAGAGUUCAGAUCGAUCACAGCCAAGAACUUCCUCGUGGCAGGUAGGAAGUACCUGGAGCAGCACAACGAGGCCUCACCCAUGUUGAGUGGUAUGAUCACCUGCAGACGAAAUCAAACAGUCAAGGAAAUGAUUCUAAUGCUCGACUCAGUGAAGAUCCAAAGGGUUUAUGUUGUGGAUGAAGAUGGGAAUCUGGAGGGGGUGAUCACGCUCAGAGACAUAAUCUCGAAGCUAGUGCACGAGCCUCGCGGCUACUUCGGGGAUUUCUUUGAUGGCGUUUUGCCAAUGCCUCAGAACAGCAGAGUGUAACCUGUAAGAGAUACCAAAUAAGCUGGUGAUCGUUUUGCUGUUGAGUUUCAAGUUUGUAAUGAGCCCCAUUUCUUCCUUUUUUGGUUGUUUGUUUGUUGGAGACUGAGGCAACCCCCCCUUGUAAUUAGUCCUCUGCGGAUUGCUGUGUGUACCCACAAACUCUCACCAAGCUUUUCUUGUGGUAAGUCUAAUAAGUAGAUUAUUUCCUAGUA